AUGGAGACAACCGGCUCAGGGAAGCAACUGCGAGGCCUGCUACUGGCCGAGCUCGUUCGAGUUCAGAAACUGGCGAGGCAGGUGGAAGCCGAUCUCAAUCUUCACUUUGGCAAUGGACCCUGCCAUUUUCUGCUGCAAGAGAUGCUCGAAGCGAUAGACAAGUCGAUUUCCUUGGUCCAGUCGGGACACCCGGUGGUCGCCGGAGAGUCCCUUCCUUCAGCCGGCAGGAUGCCCAAGAAGAGGAAGAUAAUGGCUACGUGGAUCCAAGAAGUGCGAGUGAAUUCCGGUGCCGCCGGAGUCGAUUUCCCCGUCGACGAUGGCUAUAGCUGGAGGAAAGGCUACUACAGAUGCAAGCAUAGCAUGACUCAGGGCUGCCCGGCGACCAAGCAAGUGCAGCAAUCGGACGGCGACCGGUUGCUCUUCCACGUCACCUACCACGGCGAGCACACCUGUCUUCAAGCGGCAGCAGAACCGUUGAUGUCGGGGCAGCGGCGGAGCCGAGUCUUGCUCUCGAGCUUCCGAAACGAGCUCAAAGUAGUGGAAACAGAGCACGUCCAUGGCCGGAAAUCGGAUGCAUCAUUCGACUUGGCGCCGCCGCCGCCGACGCCGAACCACAACAACUGCGGCAUUAGCAGACCCUCUCCGACCCUCCACUCGCAGGCGGCCGGCGGUAAUUCGGAUUCGUAUUUGCCUUUGCCUUUUUGGGACGUGGAUUCGAUGUUCCAAGAGCUGGAUUGGGAGGCAGAUUUCUUCGGCUGGUUCGAUUAUCCAACUAGUGAAUCAGUUAUCGAAGAAUCAUUCAAAAUUGGCCAUUAG